GACGAUAAUUUAAUCCCUUGAAGACGAUAAUUUAACCCAUUGAGAACGAUGUCUUAACCCUUUAAGGACGAUGUUUUAAUCCAUUAAGGAUGUCUUAACCCUUCAAGGACGAUGUUUUAACCCUUUAAGGAUGAUGUUUUAACCCUUUCGUGGAUUAGAGCCUAAUUUAUGGUCGUCGGAGGGUUGGAGCCAGAAACAUCGUGCUCAAAGGACUGCCUAAGUUCGUCCUCGUCUCCUGCCGGAAUAUAAUUUUUAUAUAUGUACUUUACAACCUCCUCUGGUGUCGCUCGUCCUGUGGCAGAGACUUUAUGUAGAUAUUUUGCCAGGUCGUCCUAAAGCAAGAGCCACCGAGCCAAUGCGGGGAUGAGAGGUGCUCGGUGUGGGGGGGAGGGGGGGGAAUUACAGGUGCCGCGCGGGAUCGUUUGGGUAGUGUGUGUGUGUGCGCAUGUGUUUAUCGUCGGUGUUUUGUCUGUAUGUGACACUGUGUUCUACCUGUCGAUUAUUCUUGAACUUAACCCAUUGGUGUUUGUCUUGUUAGUUCCAUUCAAAGAUAAUCAAGGGGGAACCUUUUAGUAAUUAACGGUUAUUAAUUGGUCGUGUUUGUGAUUUCGACAUCGUUAAUAAAACUACUGUUGAAACUAAUUAAUCAUCAAUUUCUGGACUUGUAUUAAUAUUAAGUAAUGCGUUGUUUUAGUCGUCUCAUAACUUGUUGACUGUAUUGAUGGAGUAUUUUUGCCUUUCACGUUAAACUUCACCCCUAUGAAAGAGACUUGUCAUUCAGAAGCGAGGGAGAAAGGGGCCCAGUGUGACGAGGAGGCAGCGUUUCUCAGAACUGCGAGACGUCAACCCUAACACACCCCAAAUAUCUACCGGAAAUGAGUGGGCAAUGCGCUCUUGCCCACGUGUGUGUGUGUGUGUGUGUGUGUGUGUGUGUGAGAAGAACGAUACGAUACUCUGUCUUCCAAGGAUCACAACAUAUCGUCGGGUCACGUGGGUCUUGUUGCUCACUGGCCUCGUGGUUACUGUGUAUUACUAUUGUGGUGGUUUCGAGUACUUUGUGAGGGGGAAUGGGGCUCAUACGGUGAUCGAAUCACACUUCUAAGAGGAGGGAGAGGGUGGAUGGGAACGUCAGGCGCUACUGUAGGCCCGUGCUGGCGUAGGUUAAUAUAUAGAUUCAUACUACUUAUAAGACUGGUCACGGUCGUCACACUCAAUCAAUAAAUCUAGCACAACGACCUCCAGUAGUGUGUGUGUGGGGGGGUGGGGGUCGUGUAGCAUAAAGAUCUCUCCUGACCGCGAAGAACCUCGCAGAAAAUAAGAUCCCCCAAGGACCAGGGGGGUACUCGUGGUGGUGACAGGUGACGGCGAUAGUGGUGAUGGUGUUGGUAUUUGGCGACGGUCGUGGGAGGGAUGGUAGAGUGUAGUAGUGGUGGUGGUAAGUGUUAGCUCGGUGCUGGAUGAUGACUGUGUGUUCGUCGGGUGAGCCUUAAGUGAGUGAGUGAGUGAGUGAGUGAGUGAAGAUGGGUAGGUGAGUGAAUAUAUGAGGUCGAGUAAAUGGUUUGACAGGUGGAUGAGUGAACUUUGAGGUGAGCUAGUGGGUGGGUGGGUAAAUAAGUGCAGCAGGUGAGUAAUUUAUGGCGAUAGAUGGAUGAGGGAGGCAGGUAAGCUUGUGGUUGGAUGAUCAUUAGGUGAAUGUGUGAGUAAGUGGGUCAGUAGGUGGAUGAAAGGGGUGAGUAAGCCUGUGUAUCCUUGAUUUGGUGGAUACCCUUGGUGGGCUGGUAGGUGGAUGAGGAUGGGUAGGUGAACUUGUGGGUAGAUGAUGACGGGUGAUUGAGUGGGCGGGUGAGCAAGGGGGAGAAUUUAGCUAGUUCCUACAUAUAGAAGAUGGGUAUUUAUAAAGAGAAGAGCGAGGAUGGUCGUGGGAGGUGUAGUGUGGAUCUUGGUCAGCGUUGAGAGUAUAGUGUGGGAGUGGUGGUGUGUGUGUGUGUGUGAUAAGUGUCGGCAUGGUAGUGUUAGUAUACCAACGAACCAGCAUGGUAAUGUGUGUGUGGUAGUGGGACAGUAUGGUAGGGGACGGAGGCUGGCAGACCGGGCACCUCUACUAGAGACCAGUGCCGGCGCCCUGGGUAUUUUUAUCCCGUGGGCUUGGUGUGCCCCUGCGUGCCCGCUGCUCAGGUCUGCUUCAGUUACAUUCUGCUCACCCACUUACCUGCUCCAUCGGGAUUCUGCUCCUGGUCUGCUUGUCUCCUCCUACCAAGUUACCACCAGCACCAGUACAGCUAGUGGCGCUGGUCCUCGGGUUCUGGUGGCGGUACGUGCGGGGUUGUGUCGCGGACGCUCGGGCUACUUGUGGACUCCAGCUGCUCCUGUGAUACGAAAACAAAUGAUAAACACUAAGUUUUGACAGACAAAAAAGUUUGAGUUGGAAAGGACCCAGACUUCGUGUCAGUAGUGGCACUGUAAAUGGGCGUGUAAAAGUGACGUGUGCUAUGCGAGACUAGGGUAGGAGGAGGCUGUGGUGGGGGCAGGCGCCAGUAUGAGCGGACGAACCCGUCAGCAAUACGGCAGGAGCGCCACCACCUCCUAUACCAACAUCCUACAAGACUCAGGUGGGGAUAUCCUUAACCGCUGCUCCAACCUCUUCAACAAGUUCGCCUCCCGUGUGAGAGCUGUCUCUCAGUCGGGGGAUGACCGCGUGCCCCUCCACAACACCAGCAACAACAUAGCCUCCAGCGGCUCUGGCGCCGCCGCCUCCAGCAAGCCCACCCACUCCCAGUAUCCGAUGCUCCUUAGGUACAACAAAUACGAUGAGUCGCCGCGCUACACAGACUAUAAGUCUACCGCACUCCUCGCUGACGUGAAGUCCAAGUCUAAGUAUGACGUUCCUUCCUCCCGCAGUAAAACCGGGGCCUCUUCUUCUUCAUACGGGGCCGAUGUUGGGCACAGAUACGGGUCGGGGAUGUCCUCAGGAUACAGGAGUGGCCAUGCCUUGGCUCCAUCUGCCUCUUUUUCUUCCUUUUCAACUUUCAAGACUGAUUAUGGUAAUUCAGACUUCGAUAAGAUUGAAGACGCGCCCAGAAAGAGAUAUGGGAGUGGCAGUGGUCGGCCGACUUACAGCCGAACAGCCUCAGACCUGGGGCUAGAUUCCGACUACGGCCUGCACAGUGCUUAUGUGUCCCACUCUGCCCCGGCACCCAACUAUGACAAGAUAGGUGCUCGGUACAAACCCAGUCGGUUUUUGAAGAAAAGUAGCCUGACUUCUUCUGGUUGCAACGAGGAAGACGAAAGUAUCGACGAACUUGGUUUACUUCGACAUCAUGCCAGCACGAAGAAAUCCGACUAUUGGUCCCAGUACGGAUCAAUAUCACCGAAUGUCAUGGAGAGGUGUAUCGAGGACGGAAGUGUUAAGCUGGGCAACCUAAGUCCUCAGUUACGCCGACGUAAUGGUGACGGCGCCCUGAUCAGCGGCUCCGCAAGACAUCGAGUGAACCGACCUGUAACGGUGCCGGAGACCAUUGUGGGACGGGAGAGUACAAGUUCCAUCAUGAAGAGGUACUCGGGCCUCUCCACCAGCACCCUCGAGACGGAAACAGGCAGCACCACCUCCUCUGCUACGCCCGACAGUAUCAUUGAUGAAUCCACGCGCCGUAAAGAGCGUGCCCAGCUCAUCAACAUGUACUCGCUGCCCCUCAACGUGUUACACAAUAUUGGCAGCUCUCACAACCGCAGGUUCCUCAAGCGUGGACAGGAAACUGCUGUUACAAAUGAUCAUGACGGUGUAGGACGGCAAGGCACGCGUCGCUUUGACCAGGUGAAAGAGAUGGCGGCUAAGGUUACGGCGUUCCGCUCCUACCAAGACGAAGAAGGUAGUCAAGGACCACCGCGGAAAGUGUUGUACGGCAGUGCCUCCACGGGAGACGUGCUCUCCGCUAUAGCCAGAACUUCUGUCAAAGGCACCGAUAAUGUGUCCAAACAUAGCACACCCGAUUCCGAAAAUUUUGUGUUGUACGAUCCCCCGAUUGUGUUCGAAAAAGCCGCCAUGCGCGAGAAACCCGUGAUAAAAACAAGCUACAGCAAGCCCACUAAACCCACCACCCUCGCCCUCUCCAGGACUAACACCGUCGACCUCCUCGACUCUCCCUCCUCUGAGUCUAGAGCUAGACUAAAUCUUCUCGACACCACCAAGUCGAUCUAUGCCUCCCUCCUCGACACCCCCAAUAGCCCCUACGGUGUUCACACGCCCACAACGCCCACAAUUAAAAUCACUAACUACAUGGAACCUGAACAAGAAUACACCUUCACCACAUUUAAACCUCAUAACACCCAUAACAACAACAACAAUAAUAUCAACAAUAUCACCAACAACAAUGACAACACUCACAAAAACAACAAUAACAACCACAAGUCGUCGGGGAGUAACAUAGCGUACGUGCCCGCCCUCACCCCCAAGUCCCACCUUGACCACACUGUGUCAGUUACGGUGUCGGUAAAACCCAAAACCUCGAGUGGCACUCUCACUAACAUUCACUCUAAGCCGAAGGACAACCUCGACGCCUACUCCGCGGCCAAAUACAAGCCCAAGAUCGGUGGGGGCAGCAGCUUGGGUGAUGGGUCGUCAUCGGGUAAUGGCAAGAACCUUAAAUCGACUUUGUCGACGUCGACGGCGUCGUCUGCUGUGGGUCCAAGUGCAGCGCCGCCGCCUCCCAGGAAGUCCGGCGUGAUGGACCUGUUAGGCAUCCAAGAGGUGGGGGGCAAGACCAGUGCCAAGCAUCAUUAUUCCUCAUUCUACAGCUCUAGUAGCGUGAGUAGUGACAGUUCACGGGCACCCUCAGUGGAAGAUGAUGAAGACGGACAUCUCAUAUACCGCAAUGGCGACGUGCUGCAAGAUAGAUACAAGAUCACUACUACUCUGGGCGAGGGCACCUUCGGCAAGGUCGUCAAGUGUCGGGACCUACAGAAUGACCGGUUCCUGGCCCUGAAGAUUAUCAAGAAUGUAAAGUACAGAGAGGCUGCCAAGCUGGAGAUUAAUGUAUUGGAAAAGCUAGCAGAAAGAUCCUUACAACAAACAGUGAGUAUCAUCUCUACACAACUAAGAGAUAUAGAACUCCGUGUUGACCCAUGCCUUUUUAAUUUAUCUGAAUAACAUGGUUAAAUUCAU